AUGCACAUUCCACCUCCACCGCCUCGGGGUGUCGAUACGAGGAACACAGCCACUGCUAAUCGUGCUCGACCAUUGUCAGUGUCGGCCCUGUCACAGGUUGUAACACAUUCGGGAGCUUACAACCAGACACGUCCACCUAUUGAAGAAGUUAUCCCGAGUCCUCCAGCUGCAAGAAGAGCUGUCUCGGCAGACGCCAUCUCGAAUAGUGGCUCGUCUAUUCCGAGCAGAGAACCCUCUGAUGCGGGCUCGUCGAGGAAUGGUUGGCAUCCUGGUAUGCCACUACCUGGUCCUCCCCCUGGUCCUCCUCCUGGUGCUUCCAGGUCUCAGUCGCUGGAUGCCGCCAGUGGCACUGAAGAAGAGCAGAAGCCCCUACAGGGCACGGCCAGACAUGGUCAGGCAUAUCGUGUUCCCCUCCGUGUACCCUUGCUGAGUCCCAUGCCCCCUACGCCGGCAGGUUGGACAGAAGAUCAGCCCAUGCACUCGUACAGUCGGUCCCCGGUACCACUUCAGAUUCGAACUACAAAUCUGGACCAGGCUGGUCCGUCUCGUUUCCUGCCGAUUCUCAGCGAGUCGGCUGGCGACUCUAGCUCUGCCACACGGUCCUCUUCCGGCUUGAAUAGAAGUGCAGCUGUUCGCGAUAGCUCGGUAAAAGGCCUCAGAGAGCGUCGCAGUCUCCGUAAAAGCAUAACCGACUCAGACACCACCAAUCUUGCAGCCCUUGUUGUUGACACCAACAAUUGGCCGUCCUCCUCGAGAGACAACGGUAUUGUGAAUUCACCAGCUCAACUAUCCGAAAGCCGUGUAUCCGGGAAAGCGAGGGAAGAUGACUUCCGAGCCAUGGAUGCGAACAGGCCCUCGACGAGCAGGUCUGCGAGCUUCUCCAGGCGUGCCCGAGCUGACUUGGCUCUGUCGCCGUUGCAAUAUGAUCAUGUCAACUCGCCUAGGUCGCCGAUGCCGAGGAUCCACAAAUUACAAACUGGCAGCAACACGCCUAUGCAUGGUAAUAAGCCACUUCCAACACCUCCGCUCAGCCAGAAAGCACCUACGUCGGCACAGAGUCUGAUGCCAUCGUCAAAUGCAUCCUUGCCAGAUUUCGAUAGAGAGUAUGGUGACAAGCUCGCUGCGGAUUCUUUGAAUCGCCAUCGAGACUUCCUAGCGAAGGAGAGCCAGGCCGCCAACGACGAAGAGCGACUUCAAAUUUUUGCAGAUUAUAUCAUUGGUGAGUCUGUACUGCGACGUAGACGCUAUUCAGGUGCCCGACAGGUGGAUAUUCUACGUAUUCGGCAACGGCUUUUCGACGAGAAUGAUCCCGCAGCAGUUGCUGCACUUCGGCCAUCCGCCGCGACUUCGGCUACCGAGGAGUCCAAGUCGCGACCAGAGACGAUGUGGUGGAAAGACUUCCAACCUGCACUAUCACCGAUUGCUAGUAUGAGUAAUGAUGAGAUGAGCUCGAGGGGACGAACCUCAAGUCGGUGGUGGGAAUCGCAUACUGGUGGCUCUCAAGAUGACACAGGCCCAGUCCGCCGCUCGAAGCGGGAGUCCAAGUACAUGGGCCUUUCAACCAGUCUGAUGAACACGAUGUUGGAAGAGGCAGACACGCCCAGCCGAUUGCCUGAUUCGGGCGGAUUUCUUGGCCCCGAAGAAUAUCCAGAAGAGAAGGUCGAUCCGGGCAGCUUUGGCGUUUACGCAGACAGGGAGCGGAGUCAAGACAGCAUGACGAUUCAAGGCAGUCCUGGUCUGAUGGAUGUUUCCCGGUUUAUCACGCUGCCUCCACCAUAUCCACGACACUAUCCUGCAGUGAACAACUCUCAUCCUCAACUCUCAACUUAUCGACUCACAGUCAGGAGCCUUUCCGACUUGAGCGAGAUCAAAUCCCGUAAGGCUCGCCAUCAGAUCAGCAUCGAAGCACUUCGAAAUGAACAUAAACAGAAAAUCGGAGACAGUCGCCAGCAUUUCAAGAACAACAUACAGGCGCAGAUUGCAGAGGGUUCGAUCUCGUAUGCAGAAGCUGCCGAAGCCGAAGCCGCGCUGAGAGUUGAGGAGCAAAGCGCCAAUAAAAAGUGUCUUCAGGCUGAAUUUGACACUUUACAGGACGUGGUAAUCAACCCACUGCAUGAUAUGCUCAACGAUCGCCUCGUCCAGCUCAAUACCUCGAUCGACGAGCUUUCGUCUAAAAUCUUGACCGACGCCGCCGAACACAACCCCGACCGUCCACAGGAAGAAGGCGAUGAUACGCCCGAACUCCUUGAAUAUUUGACACAGCUGAAGUGGCUGUUUGAGACACGCGAGACGGUUCACAAGGAGAUUUUUGAUUUGUUGACCGAGCGCAACGAAAAGUACAAGGAGAUUGUCGUAUUGCCUUAUCGUCAAGCCAACAACAAUGAGAAAGCUCGGGAAACGGAGGCUUUCUUCGCUCGUGACAAUGCUGAGCGGAGACGUGUGUUCUGCGAAGAGAGUAUGCAGCGGCACCAACAGCUGUAUCAAAUUGUCGAGGAUAACGUUGAGACGGGUGUCGAAAUGCAGAGUUCGGCUUUCUGGGACAUUGCCCCUGCCUUGGUGGACCUGUUGCAAAAGCUGUCUGCUCAAGGCGACGUGGAACACUGGGACCGUCUCGCGAUUUCGGAGCAGGAGUAUCUGGAAAAUCCGAGUUACCACCGCUUCCCGCAACAAUAUCUCUAUACCCUCCUGGAUCACGCCGAGAAAAGCAGCUACCAGUUCAUUGAGGGGCAGGUGAAUUUACAUUGUCUGCUCCACGAGGUCAAGAACGGGAGACUGAUCGCAGAAUGUCGGAAAGCAGAGGUCGAUGGCCAAAAUCCGGCUGAUUGGGAAGAACAUAGGAUGCAGCAGGAAGCGAUUUUGACGACCGAGCUCAAACAAAAGGUUGGCAUCAUCGAGGAGCAGUGGGCGGAUGCGCUGGGAAAUGCCUUGCAGGAGGCAAAGGAGAAGAUUCAAUCAUGGCUGCAGGUAAUGGGCGGUUGGGAAGAUAUGGAGAAUGCGAAUGCUGAAUGA